UGUUACACAGUCUGGCCGUGAGGUCCCGAAUGCUUCGGUACCUCUUGCCAGACGUCAGGAGGGUGAAGAGAUUGUGUGAGGGGUGUGUGGGGUCAUCCACAAUGCUGGCUGCUUUGCGGAUGCAGUGUUUUUUUGUAAAUGUCUUUGAUGGAGGGAAGAGAAACCCCGAUGAUCUUCUCAGCUGUCCUCACUAUCCUCUGCAGGGCUUUGCGGUCCGAAACGGUGCAAGUCCCAAACCAGGCAGUGAUGCAGUUGCUCAGGAUGCUCUCAAUAGUCCCUCUAUAGAAUGUAGUGAGGAUGGGGGUUGGGAGAUGUGCUUUCCUCAGCCUUCGAAGAAAGUAGAGACGCUGCUGGGCUUUCUUGGCAAUAGAGCUAGUGUUGAGGGACCAGGUGAGGUUCUCCGCCAAGUGAACACCAAGGAAUGUGGUGCUCUUGGCGAUCUCCACAGAGGAGCCGACUAUUGUCACUAUGGUAACAGUGGCGUUGGUUUUUGCUGUUCCAGCUCUAGCCCGAAUCCGAUAAUGAAAGUUUGGAAGAACAAGCUGAUCGACCCGAACCACCUUCGCAAGCACGGCUUGAGGAAAAAUUUCAAAGUGAACUGGGGAAAAGGGCUUUUGUCUACUCCGCUCCUUCUGCAUGGAACUUUUUGCAAAAAGACUUGAAAUUAUCUGAACUCAUUUCCUUAAAUGCUUUUAAGUCCAGAUUGAGAGAACCUGAAUUGACCUGUUUAAAUUGUAAAUGUUUUUAAUUAUUUGUGUUGUAUAACCUUUAUAAAUGUAAUUGAUUGUGUUUUUGCUGCCUCUUGGCCAGGACUCCCUUGAAAAAGAGGUUUUUAACCUCAAUGGGACUUUCCUGGUUAAAUAAAGGUUAAAUAAAAAAAAUAUGUGUGACAUAAUAAAAAGACAUAUGACGUAUGACAACACACAAUAUCAUGUAUUGCAGAUUGUAUGAUCAGACUUGAGGAUCAAUCACUGAACUUUAUUCUUCUCACUACUUACAGUGCAAGAAAAUCUUGCAUUUGCUUUGCACUAAAAAAGGACUAUCCAAAGAAAGCCCAUACAAAUAACUGUUUUGUUUAAAAAAUGAAUAAAAAUGUAUUCUUAUGUUACCCUUUUCUUUUUACAACCAAAUAACGUUUAUGACAUUACUGUUUAUUUAUAUUUAUUCUUAUUUUAUGCAAAGAAAGCUGAACACAAGUUUUAAACAAUGUCCCCCUUUUUUUUUCAAAUGUCACCAGAUUCCAUGCAGAGGUGACCCAUAAACUAUGAAUGACAAAAGUAUGUAUUACCAUUGUGCUUGAGGACAAAGCUUUUUACUCCAAAUUGUUCAAGAGGAUUGUCUCUGUGAUCACAAUACUUUAAUUUUCUCUGGAUUCGAA